GUUGAGUACAAAAUAAGCGUCAGGUUUAAUAAAGACAAGAAGUAAGAGCAGCAGCCGAGAGACAUGAGGCGCAAGGGAACCCCCCUGUAAUAAUGUAACAGUCCUGAGAGCCACGUGCUGUUGCCGCUGCUGCUUCUAGUGGAUCCCCGGCGCCUUCUCCCCUCUCCAUCCCCGCGAGCAGCCUCAGCCUCACAUCCGUCUCCUUCCCCUCGGCUGCAGCGAGGAGAAACUUUGCUAUUUGAAUAGCACAAAGGAACCGCCUUCCUCUCAUUGGCUGAAGGCUCUUCGGAUGGGCGGGGCCAGGCUGUCGAUCGGCGCAGUCGCGCGCUGCAAUUGGCCGAGAGCUGGGAGGGCGGGAUGCGGCUGGAAAUACUAAUAGACGAGCUGGCCGGGGCUCUCAGGCACAAGCAGUAGGCACAGGCAGAGAGCGCUCGGGAGGCUGUGAGCGGCGCGUGAGCCUGGAGCUCUGGUUGCCAGUGUAGAGCGAGGCCGGUACAGCAUGGAGUGCGCCCUGGACGCGCAGAGUCUCAUCAGCCUUUCCCUGCGCAAGAUCCACACUUCCCGCAGUCAGCGCGGCGGCAUCAAACUGCACAAGAACCUGCUGGUGUCCUACGUGCUGCGCAACGCCCGGCAGCUGUACCUGAGCGAGCGAUACUCCGAACUGUACCGCCAGCGACAGCCCUUCCCGCAGCCCAUGGACGAGUGCGACGAGCCGGACAUCCCGGAGCUCAGCCCGUUACAGAUCCCCGAGGAGGAGGACGAGAUGCAGCAGCAGCAACUGCCCCGGAUACACAGCGGAGACUUCUUGCUGGAGCCGCUCGAGGAACCGCUGCAACUGCCUCCGUGUGCGCACAGUCCCCCGCUCUUGUACCCUCCUCCUCCUGCCCGGGGCUUCUGCUCCUCCUCCGCGGGGGAAAGUGGGUCCCCGUGCAGCCACACCACCGUGUUGGACCUGGACACUCAGCUCGUCACUACAGUCCACAGCGGCUACUUACACCACGACUGUCCGUGCCAACACGCGCCGCUCCUCUCCAAGCGCAAAUACGCACAUUACAGCGGCUACAGCGGACACGGGCCGGCGGCCGAACAGGAGGACGAGGAGGAGGAGGAAUCGGGGGACGUGGAGACGCACUUUGUGCCCUGCAAGCGCCGCAGAUACGACGACUAUUGUCCCCAGCCUUUGGGGGAAACCACGGACUCCAACAACAUCUCCAACCUCAUCUCCAUCUUUGGCUCCGGCUUCUCGGGGCUCAUGAGCCGACAGACCGAGGCUGAACAGACUCUCAACGGACACUUGUGCGGCAAACAGGCGCUGGCCAGUCUGGGGGCUUGGACUCGAGCUAUUGUGGCUUUUUAGCGCCCCCAAACUGACCCCUACUCCCUAACAACCGCACCGCCCCCAGAACUGAACCCCUACCAACAGCAACCCCUUAUUACCUCCCAAACUGACCCCUAACAACAGCACCGCCCCCCAAGACUGAACUCCUACCAACAGCACCCCCUUGUUACCUCCCAAACUAACCCCUACUAACAGCACCCCCUUAUUACCCCCAAAUGGAACCCUACUCCCUACCAACAGCACCGCCCCCCAAAACUGAACCCCUUAUAACCCCCCAAAAGGACCCCUCCUCCCUAACAACUCCACCUCCCAAAAUUGAACCCUACUCCCUAACAAGACCACCCCCAAAACUGCCCCCUACUUCCUAACAGUACCCCCAAAGCUGCCCCCUACUCCUUACCAACAGCACCCCCAAAACUACUCCCUACCAACAGGACCCCCCAAAGCUGCCCCUCCCCCUAACACCCCCCAAUGGGACACACUUUUUAUUUUUGUUCCCUAUUAAAGAGAAGGGGACACUGAAUUCAGGACUUGCAUAAAAGGACAAUGUUUUAUAGAGAAGAAAAGUGUACAAAAUCCUACAAAUAUUUGGACUUUAUUUUUACAAAGAAAGAAAAGAAAAAAAAGCACCUAUUUAAUUGAAAUGUAUUGUUUUUAUUGUUGUUGUUGUGCUGAAUGUAAUGUCACAAGGAAAGGCUGCUGAGAGAGGAGUGGGAUAUCAUUGAAUGUUCUACAAUUGCUACAGAACUAGCUCUUUGGCUCGCCAAGGGGUUAAAUCAGUUGUUGGUGAUCCAGCGAGGGGAGGGUUAACCCCCAUGUGCCCAUGGAAUGGUGUGUUCACUUUAGUUUUCGGACUUUACCAAUGCCGGGUCUACUUUUACUGAUCUACAUCCAUGAGAGCAUUGUAAGCAUUCUGUUCCAUGGGAAAUAUCACUGAUUUAUGGGAAAACCACCAGCUAAGAGUCUUCUGGUAGAUCCUGAUCUAUUGGGCACCCCUGCGUUUGGUUCAUUCCCAUCACUUCCUAUAUCCUGCCCUUUAACUCCAGCACAGGGUAAGGGACAGGAUUUGGGGGUGUGAAAUCCUCUCUCAUCAGCCUCGGUCCUAUUUGCCCCUCUCGAAUGGAAUGAGACGUAAGGGGGGGGUUAACGAUGAAGGCAGAAAUAAUAACAUUUUAACUUUUUCUUUAAAAAGGGUGUUGUGACUUCUAGUAAAUGUGAAGCGGUAACUGCAGUUAAAGGGGGGUGGCUUCAUUUAAUUAGGGGGGCUGCAAUGUCACUUUUCCUUUCCACAGAUCCCACCUGGCAGCCUCCAAGUCAGACCAACUAACGUAGUUGUACGGUUUGAUAAAGUUUUAUCGGGGUUUUACAACAAAAAAUAAAACACUACUUUUGUUUUUUCUUUUAAAGAAAAAAAAAUGUGCAGUUUCCCUUUAAAGUUCCUAUGUUCUCUUUUCAGCCUUCAUGAUACCAGCAUCAUAUGGUCUUGUGAUUUAAAAAUCAGUCCAUGUAGGGGUUUUUUUUUUUUUUCUUUUAAUUUGGCAUUUCAACCUUUUGUUGUAAAAAGGUGGUUUUUUUAUCAGAGAACCUUCCAUGCCAAUACCCCCCAGUACAAGCACUAUGUGUAAUGAAUAUGUUGCCAAACUUUGUUUUUUUUUUUUAAAUUCAUGUAUUUUCUGUAUAUUGAACUGUAUAUCACCGGGUAAACUGUUCAGACAUAUUUGUUUAAAUUUAUAAUCUUAAUAAAAAGUAAUGCUAUAUGCAAAAAAAAA